AUGUCCAUCAUUGCAACCCUACCCGUGGAAUUGAUCUCAAAGAUAUGUGACCAUUUGGAUUUCCAGCAAUUGGUCGCUCUGAGGUUAUCAUGCCGCGCAUUGUACCAAAACUCACUGGAGAAUUUUGCGAAGACCUUUUAUCGAAAAAUCUGUUUUAUUGCGACAAGCGAAAGUCUCCACGAACUAGAAGCACUAUCUAAUUCAAAUGAUCUCCGCGAGCACGUUCAAGAACUAUGGAUGAUCCCUGUUGUGUUCGAUGGCGCUGAAGGGUCCCUCGGUAUGAUAUCUAUAUCGUCAAAAAGCUGCCGCCAGGUCAAAGGCGACGAGCUAGAAAUUCGGCGUGCUAUCCAAAAGGAUAUGCUUACGGAUAAUCGCAACCUACUGGAAUCAGAAACGUUUAGUCUUCGACUUCGGGAAUGUUUAGAUCGAUUCAAAAAUAUCCAAACAAUCGGACUCGCAAAUUACAGAACGGAAUUUUUGCUCGAUCCCCGACAGCAGACAGUUCCAUUCCUCGGAAGGCGACAGAUGAUGAGCCGGAUCGAUUUUCGAUUCGAUGUUUACAGCCUACAAAAGUCUAUACAUACCCAUCAGGGUAGCCAGAUACGGGAACUCAACUCCUUGGCAUUAUCAAAGCUUUUACUUGCGUUAUGUGGCUCAAGCUGCAGACCCCGAAAGCUGUCCACCUGCGAUUCUAAAUUCUGUUGUGAUAUCGGCCCCAGGAUUGCCCUCUCCGAAGAGCAACUUGAUUCUCUCCUAUCUACUUUGGAAAACCUUGAGGAUCUUCAUUUAUGUAUCGAUCUUAAUGAGGCAGCUUGGCUGAAAAUUUUCAGGAAGCUUGCAUCUCAACUGGAAGUACUAACCUUGUCGCAAGACUAUACGCCUUUUGAUCUUCUUCAAGAUGACAUACACGCCUAUCCGGCAAAAGGCUAUGUUGAAAACAUGUUCCAUGACAUUAGCUUCACUCGGCUCCGAAAGCUUCAUAUAAAGGAGCUUGGGAUCAACUUCAGCUCUUUGAGAUCACUAUUGCUCAGUGUCAAGAACAGCCUGGUCACUCUUACAGUCAAACGGGUUAUGAUGGACAGCGAGGAGUUGGGAGCCACAGAAGGCCCUCGAUCGCAAGAUACUGAUCCCAUCAUCAUUUCAACCAACCUCGCCAUCAUAUCCAUCAUAUCAACCAAUCUCGCCAUCAAAUCCAUCAUUUCAACCAACCUCGCCAUCAUAUCCAUCAUUUCCACCAUUCCAACCCUCCUCGCCAGCAUAUCCAACCUCGCCAUCAUACGGACCUACAGUCCCAUCAUUUCAACCAACACCGCAAUUAUUUUCAACACCGACUAUAUCCCCGCAAGACUAUGGACCAGCUCCCCUAUCAGUCCUACCAGCAUCAGAAACAACAUCGGCCGAAAAUGCACCCCCAUCGCCCCAACACUCCUCGAGUUCCGAUUCCUCUGA